UGAGGGGAAGUCAUCAACCAUGUCAUUUGCUUUACUGACCAAACCACAGAUGAGAGGCCACUUGAAGAAACACAUUGUGACAGCGUCCAUGUUUUCCUUAGGAUGUGCAUCUUUGUACAAGUUUGGUGUGGCUGAACCCAGGAAGCGAGCAUAUGCAGACUUCUAUAAGAACUAUGAUGCCAUGAAGAUGUUUGAGGCCAUGAGAGAAGCAAGUAUAUCUGAAAGUGCACCUCCCAAAGGAUCAUAACCCAGAUUCUCCAGAUCCUCCUCUUUAGCAACC